AUGAUCGCCUGCAACAUUUGUCUUCUCUUUUUCUACCUCUUUGCUUUGCGGGCGCUUCUAUUGUUCUCCAUUCUCCUCUAUUUCUCUUUUCCCACUUAUCCUUCUUUAAUUCGCGACUUUCUUUACUUUCUUCUUUUAUACAUUUUUCUUCUUCCAUUCCCUUCAUUAAUUUUUAUUUUCUUAUCACCUUUCUUUCCUUCUUUCUUUCUUUCUUUCUUUCUUUCUUUCUUUCUUUCAUUCUCUGUUUCUUUUCUUCGUAAUUUUUUGUUUUUUUUCUUUCUUGCAUUUAUUUGUUCUUUCUAUCUUUAUUUUUCUUUACCUUUCUUUCUUUCUUUCUUUCUUUCUUUUUUUUACCGCAUCUCAUUCUUUAUUUAUUUUGUGAUUUUUUGUUCUUUUUUCUUUCGUGCAGUUAUUUGUUCUUUCUUUAAUUACUGCAUUCAUUCAUCUUUCCUCCUUUCGUUUUUUCAACCGUAA